UCCCCCUCGAGGGAUCAUUUUCAUUGCACCAACCACUCGCUGCAACCGUGCGCUUCUCCGUACUGGCAAUGAGCGGGAGAAGCUCAGUUCCACUUCGCGCUCUCUUCUGCCUCGCCCUCCUCCUGAAGGCGUCCUCGCAUCCAACCUCUAAAUUUAGUUCGUUCCGCUCUUAUGGGCUCAGCCCUUUCCGGACGGCGGAGAGCCUCAUCAGAAACCUCAACCUCGUUCCGGCGAUGCCGGAAAUCGAUGGAGAAGAGGGCUUCGACAAUGAUCCAUUGCAGCCCCGCCUCGUGGAGCGUAAGUUGAAUUUCGACAUACUGGGAGACGCCGGAUCUACGGUUCCUGUGGAGCAGCUAGGGCAUCACGCCGGUUACUACCGUCUGAAUCGCACUCAUGCUGCCAAAAUGUUCUAUUUUUUCUUUGAAUCUAGAGGCGAGAGCAGCGCUCCUGUCGUUGUUUGGCUGACUGGAGGUCCUGGAUGCAGCAGUGAAUUAGCCCUUUUUUACGAAAAUGGUCCUUUCAAGAUUGCUAAUAACUUGUCUCUUAUCUGGACUGAUUAUGGAUGGGACAAGGCAUCAAAUCUUAUAUAUGUUGACCAACCCACCGGUACUGGAUUUAGCUAUAGCACGGAUGUACGAGAUAUUCGCUUUGGUGAGAGGGGCAUAAGUGAUGAUUUAUAUGAUUUUUUACAGGCUUUUUUUCAAGAACAUUCGGGCUAUUUGAAGAAUGAGUUAUAUAUUAUUGGAGAGUCUUAUGCAGGGCAUUAUAUUCCUGCUGCCACUGAGAGAGUUCAUAGAGGUAACAGAGAGAAACAUGGUCUUCACUUGAAUUUAAAGGGUUUUGCAAUUGGUAAUGGCCUAACAAAUCCUGGAAUACAGUACAGUGCAUAUGCUGAUUAUGCAUACAGCAUGGGUAUAAUUGGAGAGAAAGCAUACAAGGGAAUUUCUAAAAUAUAUCCUGUUUGUGAGCUUACAGCCAAACUUUGCGGUGUUCAUGGAAUCAUUACAUGCAUUGCUUCCUUGGUGGUUUGCAACUCUAUCUUCGACUCAAUUUUGCUUUUUGCAGGAGAUAUCAACUAUUAUGAUAUUCGGAAAAAAUGCCAAGGAAGCCUUUGUUAUGAUUUUUCCAACUUGGAAAAGUUUUUAAACCAGAAAUCUGUUAAGAAUGCUCUUGGCGUUGGUGACCGGAAAUUUGUUCCUUGUAAUCCUCUUGUUUAUGAGGCUUUGCUUACUGAUUGGAUGAAGAAUUUUGAAGAAAUAAUUCCUGCUUUGAUUGAAGAUGGUAUCAGGCUUCUAGUUUAUGCUGGCGAAUAUGACCUUAUAUGCAACUGGCUUGGGAAUUAUAGAUGGGUUGGUUCAAUGAAAUGGACUGGUAAUCCAAACUUCUCUGUAGCUCCCUUUGUACCAUUUAUUGUUGAUCACCAGGAAGCGGGGCUGUUGAAGUCAUCUGGACCUCUAAGUUUCCUCAAGAUUCUUAAUGCGGGACACAUGGUUCCAAUGGACCAGCCCAAGGCAGCCCUGGAGAUGUUGAAGAGGUGGACCCAAGGGAAGCUUGUAGAGGAACACAGCUCUUAUGCUUCUGAUGAGAUGUAGCUUUAUACUAUAUAUAUAUU